AUGAGAACUUCAAGGACUAGGGAAGCUACCGCUUUGACCGUGGUGGCUGUCGCUGCUCAUUUGUACCGUCGUGGCUUCUCUGCUUUUACAUCGCCUCUACUUCCUCCCUGGUUCCACUUGAAUUCGUCGCUUCUCUUUCUAGGCUUAGUGGAGUAUUAUGGCUUGUGCAUAACUGUUGAUGCACGGUUCUGCAAGCCAUUGGAUCGUUUCCUUAUUCGCAGCCUAGCAAAAUCACACGAAGUUUUGAUCACUGUCGAAGAAGAAUCGAUUGGAGGAUUCGAGUCUCAUGUUGUUCAGUUCAUGGCCCUUGAUGGUCUUCUAGAUGAAAAAUUGAAGUGGAGGCCAAUGGUUCUUCCAGAUCGUUAUAUUGACCACGGAUCACCUACUGAUCAGUUGUCUAAAGCUGGCCUUGCUCCAACUCGGAUAGCAGUAAUUGUGUUCAAUGUAGUUGGACAGACAAGGAAGGCACUAGAGAUUAUGUCAUAA